GGCUAAAAGGGGUUGAGUUUACACCCCAGCCAGUUUACGCUCCUCCUCAAGGGGGAUGGUCCUCAAACAGACCUCCUCCCUCCAGAUCAGCUGAUAAGAAGCUCGGCCCUCACCCCUUCUUCCACCCUCUCAUUGUGAGCCACCUUUGCGGAUUUGGGAGUUGCGCACCAUGGGGACUCCGAAUGACCAGGCUGUGUUGCAGGCCAUCUUCAACCCGGACUCCCCAUUUGGAGACAUCAUUGGAUUGGACCCAGGACAGGAAGCACAGAAGGAAGUAGAUGAAGAUGGAGUUUUCCCUCGAGCACAGCUGGAGCAGUCCAAGGCCCUGGAGCUGCAGGGGGUGAUAGCAGCAGAAGCUGGUGACCUCAGUACAGCCCUGGAGAGGUUUGGUCAAGCCAUCAACCUAUUGCCUGAGAGGGCUUCAGCCUACAACAACCGAGCCCAGGCCCGGCGACUCCAGGGAGAUGUGGCAGGAGCCCUGGAAGACCUGGAGCGCGCGCUGGCGCUGAGCGGCGGCCGGGGCCGCGCCGCCCGCCAGGGGUUCGUGCAGCGCGGGCUCGUGGCGCGGCUGCAGGGCCGGGACGACGACGCCCGCGAGGACUUUGAGCGAGCGGCGCGGCUGGGCAGCGAGUUCGCCCGGCGCCAGCUGGUGCUGCUCAACCCUUACGCGGCUCUGUGCAACCGCAUGCUAGCAGACAUGAUGGGGCAGCUGCGCGGGGAGCUCAACGGGCGCUGAGCCGCUGGCGGGUGGGGGCGGGUGGGAGGGGCACCUGCAACCAAUAAAGCUGCCGG